UGAUAUUGGCAAAUGGUGAAAUUUGGGGCAAUAUUGAAAUAUGGGUCGGUUCAGGUUGGGUUACUAUUUAGUGUUUCUGGAUCAUUUUAAACUUGAAUUUGCCGACGAGUGAUUUUUGGUCGCUACAAUCUACACACAUCGAGAUUAAGUUUUCUUUAUUUUGAUUGCAAGACUUGGAAAUGCAUCCUCCAUUGACACUACAUAGACACCCAAUGUGUGCUGAAAUAAUCGAACUCUUUCAGAAGUGCCAUAACGAGCAUCCUUAUGGAAAAUUCUUUGGUGAGUGCACAGAUCUCAAGAUAAAGCUCGAUAAAUGUUUUCGUCAGGAAAAAGCAGUAAAGAGAAAGGCAAAUUUUGAAGAGAGUAAGAAGUUGAAAGAGCAGCUACAAGCUUAUCGAAAAGAAACUGCCGCUGCAACCGAGAAUGUCAUGUGAGACAACUUUUAAUAAUGCUAGUGAGAGCAUUUAUUCAAUAACGAAACACUUGUCUUUGUAGCAGUUAAAAGGCUAAAAAUUACUCUCUUCAAAAGAUUUUUCAUCAUCUGUUUUUGUGUUUUCAGCAUGAUCUUGAAAUCUUUGUACUAUAAAUGACUGGAAUACAACUUGUUUAAUUAAAACGGUAGACGGGUCGAUUUGUA